GAGGGGGUUGCCCCUCCAGCAGAUAUCAUGCACAUGCAGCCCACUACCAAAAUCAGCACCAUCACUUUUGUGACUUUUCUGAUUUGUCCCCACAAUCAUCCCAGUUUCUUCCUACCUAUUCAAAGGGCCUUUGUUGCACAAUACCAAAUGUAAGAAGUCACUGAUAAAUGUCUCUAUGUACUGGCUCACUGGGGUAACUUCAGAAAUUCAUAUAUGCAUGUGAGCUCAUAUACUCAGCAGCCCCUCUGCCUGAGUGAUAAUCCCUGGCAUCCUGGUACCUGAGUGCCAGACAGGUAGCCAUGACAGAAAUAACAAACCCAGAUGAAGACAAAAGGGUGGGAUUAACUUGGCUGGGAAACAGGUCAGGGAGGACAAUGGAUGGCUGGCUGGGGGUGGGGCAAAGGCCAAAGAAAAGAGGCCGACCCCUUUGUCCAAGCCCCUUUUGGUUUUCUUCCUUCCAGGAUCAGGAUCCUCAGGAGCGUGUGCUGGCAGCCGGAUUAAGGGCCUGCCUUCACCUGCAGCAGAAUUCCCCAACCCACCAAGGAUUUGAGACCCUUCAGGUAUACUCAACUGGUUUAGCCGGCCGGUUGAAGCUGUUCCUGGGAUUGUGGCCCCUGUUCCAUGCUGACAGCUUCUGGAAGCCACAGUUCUCUUCCUUGAAACGCAAACAGGAUUUCCGUUCCUCCCACUCUGAAGAAGGAGAUGGAGAAGACAGUCAGAACUCCAGGGGAUGGGUCACCUUUGGUUUCAUUAGGAAUAGAAAUUAAAAUGUGUGAAAUGUGGAAUAUGCGUCAUUGAAUGAGCACACAUAGUUCACAUCAACGACCUCCAACAGGGGAGAAACCACUUAAAAUUAUGGAGUGUGGGAAAAGUUUCAGUCGGAGUGGACACCUAAAUAUGCAUCAAUGGACACACACAGGGGAGAAACCAUAUAAAUGUAUGGAGUGUGGAAAGAGCUUCAGUAAGAGUGGACACCUCAAUAUGCAUCAACGGACUCACACAGGGGAGAAACCAUUUAAAUGUAUGGAGUGUGGAAAGAGCUUCAGUCGAAGUGGAAGCCUUAGAAGACAUCAACGGACUCACAGAGGGGAGAAACCAUAUAAAUGUAUGAAGUGCGGAAAGAGCUUCAGUCGGAAUGGAGACCUUAAAUUACACCAGUGAAUUCACACAGGGGAGAAACCAUUUAAAUGCAUGGAGUGCGGAAAGUGCUUC